AUGCUAAGAGGCAUCAAGAAGGCGCUGGCCGCCCGGCGCGGCGCGGCUGGCGCCGCUGCAGCGGCGCUCGACGCCAGCAGGCACACAGAGCGCAGCGCUGCGCCGAGCGAAGGCACCGUCCAUCUGUUUGCCCUGGACGAGGUCAAUGGUGACCCCAGCAUGCGCGGCGGCCUGUAUGGUGGCGUGGAGGGCCACUUUAUAGACCAGGCGGCCGAACAGGCUGCCGCGCUCGCCGGCAUCGCUGCCGACAGUGCGCGCCAACGACCGCGCGGUGCCGCCGCGCAGCAGCAGCAACAGCAUCAGCAGCAGCUGCUGCGCCCGCAGCCCGCCGCCGACGACAGCGUACGGCAGCGGCAGGCCGCCGCGGCCGAGCGCCGCGCCGGCCGGCUCGACCCGCGGACGGCGGCCUAUCAG